AUGUCAAUAAACCUAUGUGCUCAAGAGGGGGAAGAACCGCGUGACGUAGUCCUGCAUUUCGACGUGAGAUUUCAUCGCGACAACAUCAUUUCAUUGUCUAGGAGAAAUGGCGUAUGGAUUGGAAGUGGGAAUUUGGACACUAAUUAUAACAUGUUUGUCCCUGGCACUAUAUUCCGUAUAAUAUUCGAAGUGAAGGACACAGAUGUGAUCACUAUAUAUUGCCAGGGGAAGUUUCAUUCAAACUUCCUGCCGAAAAUACCUCUGACCAUGGCACGCUACAUCGUUGCCUGGGCUGAUGUGGAGAGGAUCACGCAUUGCUACUUCCAUCUGGCAGAUAAGGGUGAAGGCGAUGACCCUGCAACUGGUCUGAUGGCGACGCAGUCCCCUCGGCCCGGGUUGACGCCUGUUCUUGCAGGUGAAAAACGAUGUCCAAGAAUCCCAAAGAAAUCGUCACCAGGCUCUCCCCACCACCAUUCCUCCAACGAGAGCUCGGAUGAUGAAAUAAAAUCUAGACCUAAGGCUGAAGGUCGUGCAGAUAGAUUUUUCUACGACACCCUUAUGUGCCAAUCACCGGACAUGAAGUUUGGCUCUCCAGAUACUUCCAAAUAUCGCCGUGAAAAAGCUGAAUAUAGCAGAAAAUACCGAGACUGUACUGAAACAGAUAAAAACGAUACAGAUUUGUCCGAGGAGAUAGUAUCAAAAAAUAUGGAAUCCUCUAUAGCUGAAUCCGACGACAAUAUGAUGCCAGUGCUAGGUUUGAAAAAAAGAUCGCGUCGCGGUAAAUUCGCGCCAUUUGCACAAGUUGUCAACUUUAUGGGGAAGAGCGGGAAAAGAAAUUAAUUGUCUAGUAUG